UUAAACCCGAUCUCUUCUUCUCUAUCGAAAACCUCCAACUUUUUUUUGUUUUAUCAGAUUGUAAAUUUAGGGAAGAGACUUUCGCAAGCAAUCUAGAAGCAAAUCGAUCGCCAAAUCUCCGGAUUAUUUGCAAGAAUCGUUCCCAGAUAAUCUUCCCCAGAUUCUCCACUUCUCCAGGUAUUAAUUUCGUAUUGAGUGGAUUAGAUUAGAUUUCAAGAUAUGAGAGCCUCACUGGCGUUCUAAUGUCACUGUUUCGUAUUUUUAUCAAUCAGCUUGAAGAAGACGACGAAGAUAUGGCUACUUCGAAGAAAAUGAUCACACGUGAAGAAUGGGAGAAGAAACUAAAUGCUGUGAAGCUUAGGAAAGAAGAUAUGAAUACUUUGGUGAUGAAUUUUCUUGUGACUGAAGGAUAUGUUGAAGCUGCUGAGAAAUUCCAAAGGGAGUCUGGAACCAAACCAGAGAUAGAUCUUGCGACCAUUACUGAUCGAAUGGCUGUUAAAAAGGCUGUUCAAAACGGAAAUGUCGAGGAUGCGAUUGAAAAAGUUAAUGAUUUGAAUCCUGAGAUACUAGACACGAAUCCGGAGCUCUUUUUUCAUCUUCAGCAGCAAAGGUUGAUAGAAUUAAUUCGACAAGGGAAGACAGAAGAGGCCUUAGAGUUUGCUCAGGAGGAACUUGCACCACGUGGCGAAGAAAACCAAGCGUUUCUGGAAGAAUUGGAAAAAACUGUAGCCCUACUUGUUUUUGACGAUGCCUCUACCUGCCCGGUUAAAGAGCUUCUUGAUCUUUCCCACCGUCUUAAGACAGCAAGUGAAGUAAAUGCAGCGAUUCUUACAAGCCAGAGCCACGAAAAAGAUCCUAAACUUCCAAGCUUGUUGAAGAUGUUGAUUUGGGCUCAAACUCAACUGGACGAGAAAGCAGUGUAUCCGCACAUUAAUGAUUUGUCUACCGGUAAGCUCGAAGACCCGUCAGAAUGAUUCCGUACUUCUUUCAGCCAUUGGAAAUCAGUAGCAAAAAGGAACAAUGAAUGGUGCUCUCUUCUCUUCCCGUCAAUCUCAAUAACUUACAAUUCAUAUGCUUUCUGCUUUUCCUUUUCUUCUGCAUCGGGAUUUGUUGGACCCGCAAUCGUUAGGAUAUGGGGAGGGGAACAUAAGCUUUUGUAGGCAAUGAAUUACUCUAGUCAAAUGUUCUUAUUAUCAACAUAUUUGAUGACUCAUUGCAUACGUGCAUUUGAUUUGAAUGAAGUUAUCGACUUUGUUUGGAUCUUUGUGUUUGUUUUGAGGAAUAUUUUUGUUCCAAAAGGUUCGAAUUGUAAACAAGAGAGAUGGCUUAUUCAUCCCAUGUAUAGUUACAUGAAUCAAUGAAUCAACUUGGCACGGUUCCUACUUACCUAGAAAGCAACAUGACCUAUUGAAUUGAGUGCUGUUACCGUCGAAAUGGAGAAUCUCUGCGAACCGUACUGAAACAUCAUUUGAUUUUUCUUCUUCUUCGCAAAAUAUUAUUUUGGUACUGACACAGCUUUGAAUCUUGCAUGACAUGGUACGAAGUAAAUAAAGGGAAGUAGUAAUAGCAACUUUUUGAUAUAUAAAAUAGGAAACAUAAUCCACAAGACUCAAGACCUUAUGUUGACUCUAGCCAUCUCAAUCUUGCAUGAUAUGGUCUUCCGGAUCAUAGGAUUUGGAGGGUUUGCUCUCCACCUCAUCUUCGGAUGCGGGUCGGCCCAAAUUGCUUUGUCCGCAGUCAACAUCUGCAAACUCCUCAGACACGAGCGGCACCUUUUCCUUGAUGCUUCUAAGUUUGGCCUCUACCUUCUCAGCUUCAUCAACUACAUCUGACACAUAAUUAAGGAUCCAUCCGCAGUUCGCUGCACAUACCCCUUCCUGCAACUCCUCGCGUAGCCCUUCCUGGAACAGACACGCCAGCUGCUCUUCCUCCAACUCUCUUCCGAGGUUCUUGACCUUCUUAAGGAACUCGUUAUAAUACUCACGCACUGUCUCUGUUCCUUGCUUCACCUCAAAGGCUUCCCAGCUCAAGGCAAUGUUGACGUCAACCAGCUUAGACUCAUCGAAGGCUCCGCGCUCAGAAGCUUCUCGGGGUGGCUGAUCCUCCUCCCCAACUACCCCUGUGAGCUCAAAGUUUUUUGGUUCACCAGAUGUCUUGAUCGACCUGGUCUGCCUGCGGGUCAAUAAUUCAUCGAGUUUUAUACAUUUAAUAAUUUGUUACAAAAUAUGAAAACAAGGAUAGUUUUCAGUUAGAAAAACAAUUUAUUAUCUUAGAAAAUCA